AUGAAGUCUGUGCUGAAACUUUUUCUCCAUUGCCUUACUCGCCACCUCCGUGCUGUGCUUGUGUGCCCCAGGGUCAACAGCAGCCUGUCCAGCGAUGAGGUCCUCCUGGAAGACUUGGAGACAGAAGGAGAGAGGCAGCUGAAGAGCCUCCUUCACCACCAGCUUGAUACCACUGUCUCCAUCGAGCAAUGCAAGUCAAAGCGGAGAUGCUUUGCCCCUGCAGCUUUUUACAAGCCUUUUGGGGAAGAGGCGGCAGGGGCUUUGACCUUGUCGCAGUUCCAGGCCCUGCAGGAGAGCAACAAAGAAACUGCCUCUCUCCGGGAACUGGGGCUCUCCGACUCAGAGAUCCUGCUCUGGAAGAACCAGGCUUCAACAGGGAAGGGCUCUGGGCUGGGAGCAGCCCCGGAGGCCACGCAGGACCGACUCCAUGCCAUCCAGGAGAGAAAAAAAAAAGAGCGUCAGCGCAUACUCGCUCUGCCCCAGAGGUUUGCUGGCAGCAAGCAGCUGAGCCGGCGGGAGAUGGAGAUUGAAAAUGCCCUCUUUCAGGGAACAGACCGCCACUCCUUCCUCCGGGCGCUCUACCACGAAGAUGACACUCAGAAGAGGGUAACAGAUGAAAAGGACCCCAUGGUUCAUCUGGAGAGUGUUUACCAAGAGCUGCUGAGCAAGAAGUUGCCUGAAGAAGGCCAGCCUACCAAGAGUGACUCGUGCUUAUGCCCUUCCCUGGCUCCACAGGGGCCUGUGGUUGAGGAGGAGUCAUCGCUUCCAGACCAGCAACAGCAGGCAGAACAGGCAAGAAGUCCCAGCUCUCCUGCCACAAGGCCCAACCAGUCCCCUCCAAGGCUUAUGAUUAUCAAAGAGCCUGUAGAGUUUGUCCCGGAAGAGGAGAUCUGCAAGAACCGUCUCUCAGAGGAAGAACUCCGGAAUAUACCCAGGUUCUCAUCCUACCAUCCUGGAGAGCCCAACAAGGUGCUGUAUUUGAAGAACCUGGGCUCUCGAGUGACGAUGAAGGACCUAGUGUCCUUGUUUGCUCGGUUCCAGAAAGAGGACAGCCCACCGAUCCAGUUCCGCCUCCUAAGCGGCCGGAUGAGGGGUCAGGCUUUCAUCACCUUCCCUGAUACUCAGUCAGCCCAGGAUGCCAUGCUGUUGCUGAAUGGGUACAAUCUGCAGGGGAAGCCAGUGGUGAUUGAAUUUGGGAAAAGCAAGGGGCAUUCGACAGAGGCUGACUCUGCCAUUCCCUGCUCCUCUGCUGGAGAGAAACCCCCUGCCACAUAA